AUGCCAGAAACAACCGGUAUAAGUGACCAAACGAAGAAAGUGCUUAUUGGAGUGGCUGCUGCCGCAACAGUUGCCGGAGUUGGUUACAUGGCCUACAAGAGCUUUAGUGGAUCAGAUUUGGAUAAAGAUCUUGAAGAGAUCAAGUCUCUGGGAAAUUUGAAGUUUAAAGAGAAGCAGUAUGCUGCAGCAAUUCAAGAAUUUACACGAGGAAUCGAGAAGGCCGGUGUCAAUCCAAAAAACAAAAAUAUAGUUGCGAUGCUCUAUCAGAAUCGUGCCGCCUGUCGUGAAAAAGUUGGAGACAGUUCGUUCGAUGUUUUGAAUGACUGUCUAGCAGCAUUGAAAGUCGAUAAAAAGUAUGCGAAGGCGUACUUGAGAGCAGCAAAAGCACUUCAUGAUAUUGGAAAGAAGCAGGAUGCUCUUGCUUAUCUUCUCGCUGCAUUCACCCUUGACAGUAACCUGAACAAGGCUAACUUUGAUUUCUUCGGAAAGCUUCUCACUGUUGAACCGUUAUCCGACUGUUUCAUUGGAAAACCUUUAAAAAUCGAAGAAGUCAAACCAUCCCCGGUGGCUUUAUUCAGAAUCCAACAAUGGUGUGAUACCUGGGAUGUUCUGGAUCUUUUCAAAACAGAUCUGACCAAUUUCGAACCGGAUGUUCUUAGUGAAGAUCAAAAACAAUAUCAAUUGGCUCUUGAUAUAUUCAAAAAGGGAAAAUAUGAGGAGAUUCUUGAUUUGCUUACUGAAGAAAAUGGAUAUGCGCCAGCGAUGAUUCUUCGUGGAAAGAUGCUCAGUUAUGGUAUCAAUCCAAAUGAAGCGACAAAAUACGUGGAUAAGUAUGGAGCGAAGAUUGAUAUGUUGAUUAGAGAGGAGGAAAAUGAAGAAAGAAAAAAGCUGAUGAGAGAUUCAUUCGAUGUGUUGAAGAUUGAGUUGAUGUACACAAUGGGUGAUGUUGAUAAAUUCUUACAAGCUCUUCCACAGGACGAUAAGGAUCGACUCUUCAAAUUGAACUCUUUCGCUGCUAUCUUUGUGUUCAACGGAUGUGUUCUUGAUACCGCUACGACUAGUCACGAAGAGCAAAUGAUGGCUGAUACCAACAACUCUAAUCGACUUCUCGAGGAGGCUGUUAAACACGGAACGCUGACUCCACAUCUCAAUAUGAUCGCCUCAUUCCUCAAAUUGUGUACAUGUGAAGAUUAUGGAGAUGUCCAUCGACGAAUUCGUGAGAUGGAGGAGCUCACUGAGCAACGAUCGACACAUUUCAAUUUGGUGCUCAUGGCAAAAGUAUACAUGAUGACUAACAACACGGAAAGCUCGGAGAAGUUGCUCAAUGAGGCCGCAAAGAUCAAAACGAGAUACUUGGUACCGAGUAGAUAUCUUCAGACUGCUGACCUCCAUGUGCAUAAACCAGAAGCCGAACGCCUCCGUCUGACUACUGCAAGUGCCGAUGCAGCUAUUUCUGUUGAUCCAUACAAUUUCUCUGCUCACGUACUUCAUCUUUUGGGGACUAAUGGACCGGAGCCAAUGAUUAAAAAAGAAAACUACGAAAGAGCAAUGGAGUCGAUCAGAAAAGCCGCCCUUUUCGCACCACCACGAGAACUUUUGAUGUUAAAACGAAUGAUUCCACUGAUGAACGCUAAAAAGCGUGCCGCCGAAAUGCUCGAUAUGUAUUAA